CACGCUUCCUUCCUAUGGCCGUAAGAUGGUACGUAACACAGCAAAGGUCCUAUCCGCAAUGUGAUUAAACAACGAACGGCCAUGCUGCCGUAUCCCUCGUCAAACGCAUUAUUAUGGUCCAGCUUCUAACACGGCGACGCUUUAGGAGGUGAAACACGGAAGAGGCUGAGGACAACUCCGUCAUGGCGGCUACAAUUGGCCUCAAAGCCUGCCGGAAAAUUCGCGGUGCGCAGAUACGAGGUCUCCUGGAGGCGAAGGACUUCAUCCUGUUCGACUGCGAUGGGGUCCUGUGGCACGGUGAGAAGGCCGUGGCGGGCGCGGCCCAGGUGGUCAACUCGCUCAUGAGUCGGGGCAAAAACGUCGUGUUCGUCACCAACAACUCGACCAGGCCGCGCGACAAGUACGUCCACAAAUUCUACCGGCUGGGCUUUACUGCUGUUGCUCUGGAGCAUAUCUUCAGCUCGUCCUAUUGCUCGGCCCUCUACCUGCGGGAUGUGGCCAAGCUCCGUGGCCAGGUGUUCGUCGUUGGUUGCGACGGGCUCCGGGACGAGCUCCGGGAGGCAGGAAUCCCUUGCGUGGAGGAGGUGGACGAGCCGGACGCCACCAUUUACGAUUGCGCCCUGGCCACGGACGUCAAGGCGGUGCUGGUGGGCCACGAUGACAAACUGACUUUCCUCAAGCUGGCCAAGGCGUCGUGCUACCUGAAGGACCCGAACUGUUUGUUCCUGGCCACCGACAACGACCCUUGGCACCCGCUGUCGAGCGGAAGGAUUUUGCCAGGUUCCGGGUCCCUCAUGGCAGCCCUGGAGGUGGCAUCGGGCCGCAAGGCCACGGUGAUCGGCAAGCCAAGUCGCUACAUGUUCGAGUGCAUCUCCAGACAGUUCCCGGGCAUGGACCCGGCCCAGUGCCUAAUGGUGGGUGACCGCCUAGAGACUGACAUGGUGUUCGGCUCAAACUGCGGCCUGGACACCAUGCUCACCCUCACUGGGGUGUCCCAGAUGGAUGAGGCCCACCAGUACGGGAAUAGUGAGGUGGACCAGAGCCUGGUGCCAGACUAUGUGGUAGACACCAUCGCUGAUUUCUUGCCCGCAUUUGAGGAGGUGGAAGAGCAGAGCAACUGAUCAGUGCAGUGCAUGCUGCAAAUCCUGAAAAACUAAGUAAUUGACAACCCCUCCAAACUGUGUGUCAAUUCAAACUGAUCUUCAAUCGACCCCUUAAAAAUAAAUGACUCAUUUUUUAUUAAGAGAGUCACCCUAAUUAAAUGUGCAGGCAGUAAAGGCUCUCCUCAGAAACCCAGGCUAAACUGAACUCCUCCUUGACUAGUUUCUAGUCGCGAUAUGUAACUACAAUGAAUGAAUGAAUACUUAGACAAGUUAGAGAACUGUGUACAUGUACUAGUCACCUACAUUGAGGGAGCUUUUGGCACCAUCCUGUGGCAUUUAAGGGUAUUUCAAGAAAGGCACAGAAACUGAAAUUCAGCAAGUAACAGGAUUGGUUGAAAAAAAAUACAUGUGAAUUCUUGACUAUGUUUAAGCAUACCUCAAUGUUAGUGAUGUGGUCAUUUAUUGUUAACGGUGUUUUGUUUCAAUUGCACCUUCUCAUUCACAAACCUGUGUUUAAUAGUUUUUUUUAAACAAGCAAACCUUUCAUUGAAAGCACUAAAAUCACAACAGCAAAUUGUAUAUGGACAGCUUACAUGUGCCAAUAUUGUAAUGUGUCUAAUUUAAUGGCUGCAAUUUGCAACUAUUUGACAAAUGAUUUUUUUUUUAAAUAUAUAGCCUGUCACAGAUGUGAAUGAUCAUUUCACAAUCGUGAAUAUUCAGUGUUAGCAUAGAGAGCAUGUUGGCAACAAUAAAGACCUGCAUUUAUGCUAAAUAUA